AUGUCCGGGCCUUCUCAACAAAUCCAUCUCGCCGUCUUCAUCCACGGGAUGUGGGGAUACCCUGCCCAUCUCAACGAGGCAAAGCGCAUCAUGACCGAGGCGCACGUGGAACCAUCCAAGGAUAACAAGGACGGCGUGCAGGUCCGCAUUCUUGUCUCCGACGCGAACGCGCAAGAGAACACGUAUGAUGGGAUCGACUGGGGAGGAGAGCGGGUGGCGCAGGAGAUCUUGGACGAGGUCGAGAAGAUCGCGGAUGAGGGCGGCAAAGUCACUCGUAUAUCUGUGAUGGGAUAUUCACUUGGCGGGCUCAUCGCGCGCUAUGUCAUCGGUAUCUUGCACCAGAAGGGCUUCUUCGAGACAGUGCAGCCUGUCAACUUCACAACCUUUGCAUCGCCCAAUCUCGGUUUACUACAUUAUCCGACACUCUUCUCGAGGCUUGCCCACAAGUUCGGGCCGUACCUGCUGAGCCGCACCGGCGAGCAGUUCUAUGCGGUUGACAAAUGGUCGAAGCGUGGUCGGCCGCUGGUGGAGGUCAUGGCGGAUCCGGAACGCGUCUUCUACCAGGCGCUUGCCCUCUUCCCGCAUAUCCAGUUCUAUGCGAAUGCGAUGAACGACCUGACCGUUCCGUUUUGCACGGCUGCGGUUGAACUGCACGACCCGUUCAUGAACCACAAGAAGACGGGGAUCGAUGUUGUAUUCCAAGAAGGCUAUGAACCCAUUGUCAAGUCUUGGUCUAUACCCGCAGAGCCACCUGCACCAGCUCCGAAGCCGAAGCUGUUCUCAAAAGCCUGGGUGAAGAGGUUUAACAACAGCCUCCCUAUACCACCUCGCCUCCAGUUUGGCUUCCCUGGAAACAUUAUCAUGGCCCUCCUUCUCCCUAUACUCAUACCCUCAUUCAUUGGAUUCGCCAUCGCCCGCCUCGCUCUCUCCGCAAAAUGGUCACGCGCACGCCUCAGGCUCCUCGAGAAGACCGAUGCCCCUCGCCUUCUGUCCAUUGUAGCCGAGCUCGAACGCGAGAUUGAAGGCUUCGUCAACGAUGCCACAGAGAUCGCCAACCAGCCUAGCACACCACCGACGCCGUCGGGCACCUCCGACUACCCACACCCCGGCCCAACCGACACAGAGGCGCAUAUCCUCGUCAACGACCAGGGGAAACUUCCAGGCGCACCCGACUUCUCGCCGGCUCAAUUGCGCGCUCAUAAGCACUUGAACGCGCUGCCGCAGUUAAAGAAGGAGCUCGUAUGGAUCCCUGAGAUCCGGAAUACCCAUGCGGCCGUCGUCGCGCGCGACGUCAAGAACUUUCCCUUCCAUAAAAUCGGGCAAGGUGUACUACGUCAUUGGGCUGAUAGCUUUAUUGUAUAG